AUGUCUUUCCUCACAUCUAUCCGUGCAUCCCGCCAGGCCCUCCGCACCAAUUACGCCAUCACCUCCACUUUCCACACUUCAGCUGUACGCAGCUUGAAGGAGAAUGAUAGACACCGCGAUGAUCUCGCCGAGCACUAUGAAUCGCACAAGCAACAAGGUCUCAAGGAGUCCAAGGAGGGCAAGGGGAAGUGGAAGUCUGAGCUUGCCAGUACCAGUGAAGAAGAUGUAAAAGCGGACCGUGGUGACUUUGAUGGCGAGAAUGUCACUUUCGAUGAGAUGCAGAAGAAGACGAAAACUUAUCUCCACAAGCAGAGCUCUGGGAAGCAAUAA